CAAAUUUUCUUUGUUUAUAAAGCCAAAUAACAAUAACUGGUAGCAAAACAAAUGAGUAAAAAUGUUUAAGAUCUUCCUCUUGUUUUUCAUGUUUACACGAGUAUUAGAAAUUUUCUGCUAUUAUCAAAAUGGCGAUUUGCGUUUUGUAGCUGUGUUAUAUCGACAUGGCGACAGAGCACCGACGAAAAUAUAUCCUAAAGACCCUUACAAUGACGUAUCUUAUUAUUGGCCAGAUGGAUUGGGAGAAUUAACAAACCUUGGUAUCCAGCACCAAUAUGAACUAGGCCAGUGGUUUACUAACCGCUACGCCACCUUCCUACCUGAAAAGUUCUCUACCGCCGACAUCUACGUCCGCUCUUCAGACAGAGACCGAACUCUUAUGUCUGCGGCAGCCAAUCUGGCAGGUCUUUAUCCGGCAAAAGGCGCUCAAGUAUGGGACAAGCAGUUGCUGUGGCGUCCCAUACCGAUUCACACGGUACCGAAUGAGGAAGACGAGGUGGUCGCCAUGAAAAAGGACUGUCCUAGAUACAAUUUGCUUUACGAUCAAUUAUUAAAUUCGAGAACAUUCCAAUUGGUUAACCUGAGGAAUAAGCCACUGUAUGAUUACUUAACAAAAAAUACGGGUUGGAAUAUUACGGAAUUACGACAAAUUGAAACGUUGUAUUCACUUUUGUCGAUAGAAAAGCAAUACAAUCUAACUUUACCGGCUUGGGCAGAAGGCAUAUUUCCGAAAAAGCUUGAAUUUUUGGCCGCUUUAAGCCACGCGAGUUUUUCCUUCACAAAACCUCUGGCUAGAUUAAAAAAUGGUCCGUUUUUCGACUACGUAUUUUCACAUUUUGAUAAAGUCACGAGUAACGCAACUGUUUUAAAAUUCCUUAUGAUUUCUGCACACGACAACACGAUUGUAAAUUUAUUAUCUGCUAUGGGAGUUUAUGAUUACACUUUUCCAAACUUUGCUUCAACAAUUAUUUGGGAACUAAGUCAAAAGGAUGAGCGUUUUUACGUGAAUUUAUUUUAUAAAAAUACAGCGACAGUUUCAGAGUUAAAACUAAUGGGCUGCGAAAUGAACUGCGAAUACGAGACCUUUAAAACAAUUCUGGAACCGGUCACUGUUAAAGUGGAAGAAUGGAACAAAGAUUGUAUAAUCUAAAGAAAAUAUAACUUUAUAUUUUUGUAAAGAUAAAAAUUAUUAUAUAAUGAU